AUGAUUAAUUUACGUCGUCAAUUAGAAUUUUGUUAUUAUUCACGCCAUGAAAAUUGUUCUGGUAAUUAUACAUUUAUAGCAAAAUCUCCGAUCGUUGAACCACUUCAUUACAAUGAACCAACACAAAUUCAUUUAGCUUUCGGUGAUCCAAAUGAUCAAAUCUAUGUUUCAUAUGCAACUAAUUCAAACGAAAUGAUUCCUCAAUGUUCAUAUGGUUUAGAUUCCUCAUCACUACAUUUUCAAGUAAAUGGUACAACAAUAACUUAUAAGGCAUCGGAUAUGUGCGAAGGAAGAGCUAAUAUAACAGGUCCACAAACAUUUAUUAAGACUAGAUAUAUGCAUACUAUGCUUCUUAAUGAUCUUCGUCCAUCAACGAUUUAUCAUUAUCUAGUAGGUAAUGAUGAACAUGAUUGA